CAUUCGUAACCGGAACAAUUAUGACAUAACAGUUAUCUAAUUUGUAACAAUACUGCUACUAGAUUUAAUUAACGGCAUUUUGUUUUAUCUUUUUCAAAAGAAUAUUUGCGAUAUCUUAAAUAUUACUAAUAUUCUCGUUCCCCUCUGUAAGAUUCUUAAUAUCAAAGAGCUCGACCACGAGUCCAUCAAAAAAAAAAAAAAAAACAAAGUCUAUGAAACAUUGACAUUUAGUCUAUGAAAUCACUACGCACUCUUUUUGAUUCACUUCCGCGUCACCUACACAAGUUCAACAACCUCUAUCAGAUUAAUCCGCAAAUUGUCCUUUUUAUUUCACUUGGAGCUCCAUAUCCGCUGAUCGCCUAAACCUAUCUUACAAACUUACAAUAUACAAACCGCAAAGGAAGAAGUGUAUCUACCAACCCGCGAAGAAGCCGGCCGGCGCAAGAAAAAACGUGACACGAAGCAUGUGAUAAUAAUUAGUAUUUAACUGAAGGUGAAACCCAGCGAUCCGCCAAAACUGUAAGUUUUCCUACAACCUUUCUGGUCCAUUCGAGUUCCCGGAUCCCGUAAUCUCAAUCUAAAUUCCUUCUUAAUCACACAAUUACACAAAGACAACACGCGCCAUCUUGCAUUCGACCGGUUCUUAUUUUCACAUCUUUCGUAAUCCAAUCGCAUCCUACAGAUUAUAACGCAAUACACGCAUUUUAAUACAUUUUUCUAAAAAUUACCGCUUACUUUUCUCAUACAUAUAUCUAUUAACAAGAAGAAUUAGUUACUUAACCUUAAAAUAUUACACUUGCAUAUCUAUAAACAAUUUAAUUCAUUUCUUACAACUCCUGAGCUUACAACAUGUCGAAGCUAAAUAAAAAUAUAUUAAAACUAGAAGCACGCAAAGAAAGCCUGUUUAAUAUAAUACAACAAUUAUACGAUUUGAGCCGCUGCUUAGACGAUGAUCAAAACAGAAGUAGAUUUUUAACUAGAGUCAUUUCAAUAGAAAGUACUAGGCAACAAUUUAUAAACACGGUAGAUGAGCUAGUCACUGAGCAACUCAAGGAAGAUGAGAACAUCAGACCAAAUUAUGCUGCGCUUGAAGCAUUUGAUCAAUUAUAUUGUGAAAUUCAACAAGCUUUAUCCAAUGUAAAAAGCAAAUCUCAAGGACUAGAGCAAUAUAACUUGUUGAAUUCAAAAUUGCCACCCAUACAACUUCAGAAGUUCGAUGGGAGUCCCAGUGCUUGGCCCGUCUUUUAUGAAAAUUUCCUAAGUUUAAUUCACAACAAUAAUCAAAUCUCAGAUAUGCAAAAGGUCCAGUAUCUGACAGGAUGCUUAACUGGGAAGGCUUUGCAUAUUUGUGCCAGUAUAAGGCCAACUGGCGAAAAUUACCACAUAAUCUUUAAUUCUCUUGUAGAAAAGUAUCAGGAUACAAGGGUCUUGGCGUCUCAAUAUGUAGAAUCCCUACUACAUUACAAACAAAAUACAUUUUCUUUAGAAUCAUUUUUAGAACAGUUUUGUUCAGCAGAAGCUGCUCUUAGACGUUUAAAUAUAGAUGAUUUAGCAGAUUUUAUAAUAACUCAUAUCGCUCUCUCAAAGUUAAAUAAAGACACUGUAAUCUUAUUUGAACAAACUCACAAGGACAUUAAAAUUCCUAAAUUUUCAGAUUUAAAUAAGUUUCUUAAAGAACAGGUUAAAAUAAUUACAUUGCGCGCACAAACUACUCAGUCAUAUGCUAAGACUGAAAACUAUAACAGAAAACCCAACACUACUUACAAGCCUAAGCCUCAAACGUUCACAAGUACAGUGUGUGGUAAUACUUAUUCUUCAAAUUCUCAAAUUAAUCAACGCUCUUGUUUAGUAUGUAAAAGUAAGGAUUUUCAUCCAUUAUAUAAAUGUGAUUUCUUCAUAAAUCAAGAUCCUAGAAACAGACUUGACAUAGUAAAUAAGACAGGAUAUUGUAAAAAUUGUUUAGGAUCUCAUAAGACGUUCCAAUGCCGCAGUCAAAAUAGAUGUAUGAAGUGCUCCAAUUUACAUCACUCUCUGUUAUGUGACUCAUUUGCUAAACCUGGCACUUCACGUUCUUAUACCGCUUCUCACUCACUGAACCAUAGGGACACAUCAACUAAUAACACUUCAACUCACUUAUCUGAUAAACAUUCAAUAGCUCAACCAUUAGCAUCAAGUUUUCAAACUCAACAUACUUCUGAAAAUCAAAAUCCACCUCAAAAGUCAAAUGAUUUAGCUCUCUCUGUCACAACAUCAGCUUGUACUUACAGUAACAUUAAUCAUACAACAGUAUUGCUUCCCACAGCCGCUGUUAGUGUUUACAAUAAUAAUGAACACCAUUAUAUACGCCUAUUUUUAGAUACUGGGUCGAUGACCAAUUUCAUAAGUAAAGACUGCUGUCAAAGGCUCAAUUUGAAAAUUAAAUUUGCUCCCACUACCAUAAAGGGUAUUGGUCAAACCGAAAGUACUUCAUUAGGUUUCGUUACAUUUAAAAUUCACUCUCGUUUUGAUAACCGUUGUUCUUACACAAUUAAUGCUAGGGUCAUUGACACAAUAACUGACCACUUGCCUAAUGCCCAUAUUAAUGUCUCAGAAUUAAAUCACUUGCACUCUUUGCCGUUGGCAGAUGAUAACUAUCAUAUUCCUGGCCCAAUUGAUUGUUUGGUUGGAAAUGAAUUGUUUCCAUUUUUAAUUGGGAGUAAUAAAAUUAUUUCACCGCAUUCUUCUGUUGUUGCAAUUCAAUCAACGCUCGGCUAUAUCCUUAUGGGGAAAGCUAAUUGUGUCAUGAACGAUCAUUACCAAUCUAACAGUAAAGCAUUUUUUUGCAACACAGAACCACUAUUACUUGAAAAAUUAACAGAACGCUUUUGGUCAUUAGAAAAUGUUCCUCAAAGAAACCAUGUAAGCCCAGAUGAGGAGACUUGUGAGCGCAUAUUUAAACAUACAUAUUCACGCGAUAAAACAGGUAGAUAUACUGUACACUUACCCUUCAAAGAAGAUCCCGCGAAACUAGGUGAUUCAUUCAUAAACGCUAAACGCUCUCUGACAAACUUGGAAAGAAAGUUAGACUCUACACCCGCUCUUCGCGCAGACUAUAACGCAACUAUUCAGUCAUACAUUGACAAAGGUUAUCUCACAAAAGUAAAGGAUCCAUCACGCACCACUAAUUGUUAUUACAUUCCGCAUAGAGCUGUUUAUCGCCCAGAUAAAAAAACUUCUAAAACUCGCAUUGUACUCAAUGCUUCAAGAAAAACAACAUCAGGAAAAUCACUCAAUGACUUAUUAUAUACAGGACCCAAUUUACAAAAUAGCAUAUUUGAAUUAUUGAUAAAUUUACGUUUAUUCUCUGUCGCCUUGACAGCAGAUAUCGAAAAACAUUAUUUUCAACUAAAUCUCACACCCGCACAUCACGCUUAUCAACGCAUUCUUUUUAGAUUUGAUUCUACACAACCAAUAGAUACUUAUAAUUUUACAGUUGUGUCAUUUGGAGUGUCAAGCUCACCGUACCUUGCUAUGAGAGUUGUACGUCAGUUAGCUGAAGAUAGUAAAGACAAAUAUCCACUUGCAUCAAUUGAAGCUAAUAAUAAUAUGUACAUGGAUGAUUACAUAAAUUCAGUCAAUAGCUUGGAUAAAGCUUUUGAAACUUAUCAAGAAAUGGUUAAAAUGUUCAACUCCGGUGGUUUUAAUCUAGUAAAGUGGAUCUCUAAUAACACUGAACUCUUAGCUAAAAUUCCUUCUGCUCAUAAAAAUGAAAAUUUUAUCAAUUUCGACUCAGACUCUCAAGAUGUUACAAAGAUUAUAGGUAUGCAAUGGCAUCCUAAGUCAGAUACAUUCAACUUUAAAAUUAGUUUAAAUAAUGACACUUACUCAAACACACAGUACACUAAACGCUUAAUUCUUUCUAUAACCGCGCGUUUAUUUGACCCCUUAGGUUUUAUAGGCCCUGUUAUAACUUUCAUGAAACUUCUUAUACAAGAGUGUUGGAAGUUAAAUCUUGACUGGGAUACUCCAGUACCAUCUCAAUCUCCCACCAAUUUACUCAAUUCUGUAAUGAACUCUCAUAUUUAGAAAAAAUUCAAAUUCCACGUCAUGUAGGUAUAUAUUCUGAUGUACACAUCACACUAUUAGGAUUUUCUGACGCUAGUGAGAAAUGCUACGGAGCCGCGGUAUACCUACGUGUAAGCUCUAAUGAACAAUCUCAGGGAUGUGUUCAUUUACUCACUUCCAAAUCAAAAGUAGCACCGCUUAAGAAAAUAUCUCUCGCCCGUUUAGAACUUUGCGCCGCUUUACUCUUAGCUAAUUUAAUUAACUCUGUACGAGAGGUUCUAACUAAACGCUGUAAAUUAAAUGAAAUAUAUGCAUUUACAGAUUCAACAGUAACGCUUACAUGGAUACAUUCACCCGCUUAUAAAUUUCAUACAUUCGUUGCUAAUAGAAUAACAGAAAUAAAUUCUAAAUUACAUUCUAAACAUUGGUUUCAUAUAGAUGGUCGCGAAAACCCCGCCGAUAUAAUUUCUCGCCCUAUAACACCAAAAGAGUUGUUGAAACGCAACCUUUGGUUUAAAGGUCCACAAUGGAUUACUUACCCUAAUUCUCAAUGGCCUGUAAAAACGUUCAUUGUUGGAAGUAAUGAUGAAAACCUUGAGGAAUCAAAAACAACAGUUUUAAAAGUUGAAGUUUCUCUUCCCAACUCUCAACAUCCUAUUGAAAAUUUAGCCGAACGCUCUUCAAGCUGGUCUAAAUUACUCCGCAUUACAGUAUAUAUUCUAAGAUUUUCAAAACGUCUUAGCUCUCGAGGACUCGUCUCAGUUUCAGAUUUGGAAUUUGCUGAAGUUUAUAUUAUACGUUACAUUCAAAAUAAACAUUUUUCAAGUGACAUUUGCGCUCUUAAUACUAACAAAAUUUGCUCUAAAGCUAUACUAAAUCUCAACCCCUUUAUGGAUAAUGACCUCAUUCGAGUUGGUGGUCGUUUGUCCAACUCACAAUUAGAGUUUGGUCAAAAACAUCCUUUUAUUUUACCUGCAAAGGAACGAAUUACUCAUCUCAUUGUUGAUUUUUAUCAUAUAACUAACUUGCACACAGGACCUGCUCUUUUACUUGCACUAAUUAGACAGAAAUACUGGAUAAUUGGCGCUAGAAAUUUGAUUCGUAAUCGUGUACACAAAUGCAACAUUUGCCAUCGCAUUAAUCCUAAAUUUACCUACCCUAAAAUGGGAGAGUUGCCCGCAUUUAGAGUAGCACAAGUCAAAGCUUUCGUUUUUUGCUCUGUAGAUUACAUGGGACCUUAUUUCGUUACUCAUAUACGCCGUAGAGGCAUAAAAAGCCAAAAAGCAUAUGUUUGUGUAUUCACUUGCCUAACUACUAAGGCAAUACAUAUAGAAUUGGUCUCUGAUUUAAGUUCAGAUUUAUUUUUAGCAGCCUUUUUAAGAUUAAUAUCACGAAAGGGACCUGUUAGCUUAAUUUACAGUGAUGGAGCUACAAAUUUUUUAGGUUCAAAGCGCAAGUUAAAUGAAAUUUAUUCUCUUAUACAGUCCAAAGCUCAUCAAAAUUAUAUUGAAAACAAACUAGCAGAGCAUCGAAUUCAAUUUAAGCAUAGCCCACCAUAUGGUCCACACUUUAAUGGACUAAGUGAAAUUAACGUCCGCUGUAUAAAAACUCAUUUGUAUAAAGUUAUAGGUACACAAAUUCUAACUUAUGAAGAAUUAAAUACAGUUUUAGUUCAAAUUGAAAAUCUGUUAAAUAGUAGACCAUUGUGCGUCUUGAGUGCUGAUCCUUCAGACCUAUCUGCUUUAACUCCAAAUCAUUUUCUCAACAUCACUCCUAUGAAGUAUUUACCAUCAGAAGACUUGACUGACAUACCUGACACUCGGUUAUCACGCUAUCAAUUAUUAAAAAAGAUCAUUCAUUCCUUUUGGAAACGGUGGAGUCAAGAGUACUUAACUUCUUUACAACAGAGACAGAAAUGGAAUACACCUUCUAAUCCUAUUACUACUGGAACUGUUGUAUUGAUCAAAGAUUCUAAUACUCAUCCUUUAUGUUGGCCUUUAGGAAUAGUAGAACAAUUGUAUCCAGGGAAGGAUAAUAUAGUCAGAGCAGUCAAAGUUAGAACGCACUCCGGAAGCUAUAUCCGUCCUGUUGUACGGAUUAGUCCCUUUACAAUAAUUUUAUUAUAUUAUAUAAUAAUAUUAGUACCUUUGCAAUAAUAUUUAAUUUCAUUCAAAUUGUUUUAAUUAAAGAUAAUUCAUUUAUUUAGUACAUUAUAGUUAUAAAUAUUUUUUCACAUAUACUUCAAGCUCAACGCUCAAACCUUAUAAUUCAGUUAUUAAUUUAUGUAGAGGGUACCUCUACGCCCGGGGGAGUUGUAAGAUUCUUAAUAUCAAAGAGCUCGACCACGAGUCCAUCAAAAAAAAAAAAAAACAAAGUCUAUGAAACAUUGACAUUUAGUCUAUGAAAUCACUACGCACUCUUUUUGAUUCACUUCCGCGUCACCUACACAAGUUCAACAACCUCUAUCAGAUUAAUCCGCAAAUUGUCCUUUUUAUUUCACUUGGAGCUCCAUAUCCGCUGAUCGCCUAAACCUAUCUUACAAACUUACAAUAUACAAACCGCAAAGGAAGAAGUGUAUCUACCAACCCGCGAAGAAGCCGGCCGGCGCAAGAAAAAACGUGACACGAAGCAUGUGAUAAUAAUUAGUAUUUAACUGAAGGUGAAACCCAGCGAUCCGCCAAAACUGUAAAAUCGUUUCAACGAAAGCUCCGUUCAAAAGAGUUCAACGCGCUCCACAACUCUAUCUCUACCGAAGUACCUACGCAUUCAACUAUAUCACUUUUACUUUUCGUACUAUAGACUUAUGGUCAAGGUCAAGUGGAUAUCUUAAAUUUAAUGAAUUGACUCUAUUUAUUUUCCUACUAGUUUAUUGUAAAUAUUAAAUACCUAACCAUAUUUAGUUGUAUGUAAUUUUUUUGCGUUAUAUCUACACAUGUAGAUCAUAAUUAUAAUUCCACCUACGUGGAUUAUGAUUAUGGUCGUAGAUACCAUAUCAUCAGCAUCAUAAAAUGCUAAAUCUGUACCUACAUUACAAAUGUUAGAAAAUUAUAAUUGGACGUUGUGUAAUAAAUGCUUUAUAAUCAGAAGCGAAAACAGCAGUUUGUUUAGUUUUAUUUGUCUGUCCGUAUAUUUAAAAUCAUGCAUCUAUGCUUAUCUACAAGUAUUAAACAAAUUUACAAUUAGUAAAUCUACGUGUAAAUGAAAUUUAUACUAUUGCUUAGUUAUUCGUAUAUUAUGCAGUACCUACCUAUUAUCGUAUUUUAUAUGACCUACAAAGACUUUAAUAAAUUAUCUAAUCACAAAAUACAAGAAGCUUGUGUACAGUG